AUGGCCGACCUCUCCGUUCAGCUUCAGGCCCCGAACGGCGUCAAGUGGACGCAGCCCACCGGUCUCUUCAUCAACAACGAAUUUGUCAAGUCCUCUACCGGCGAGACAAUCGACACGAUAGACCCCGCGACCGAAGAGAAGAUUGCCGCCGUCCAGGCCGCAUCAGCUGAUGAUGUCGACAAGGCCGUGAAGGCUGCCUACGCCGCGCUGAGGCACGAGUCCUGGAAGGGCAUCUCGGCGACGGACCGCGGAGCUUUGAUGUACAAGUUCGCCGAUCUCAUCGAGCAGAACAAGGAGGUUCUCGCCGCCAUUGACGCGUGGGACAACGACAUCGACAACCUGUGUCCGAUGGACGAAGAAACUGAGUACCUCGCAGGCAAGACGUACGCAGAUGCCCUCGACGGCGAUCUGUCAGAGUGCGUCACCGUCAUCCGCUACUACGCCGGCUGGGCCGACAAGACCUUCGGCCAGACCAUCAACACGACCCCGGCCAAGUUCGCCUACACAAUCCGCCAGCCCAUCGGCGUCGUCGCCCAGGUCAUCCCGUGGAACUACCCCCUCGCCAUGGCUACUUGGAAGCUCGGCCCCGCCCUCGCCUGCGGAAACACCGUGGUCCUCAAAGCCGCCGAGCAAACCCCCCUCAGCAUCCUGUUCCUCGGCACCCUGAUCAAGGAGGCCGGCUUCCCUCCCGGCGUCGUCAACUUCGUCAACGGCCUCGGCCGCGUAGCUGGCAGCGCGCUGGUGGGCCACCCGCUCGUCGACAAGGUCGCCUUCACCGGCAGCACGGCGACCGCGCGCGCCAUCAUGGGCGAGGCCGCCAAGACGCUGAAGAACAUCACCCUCGAAACCGGCGGCAAGUCGCCGCUGCUGGUCUUCGACGACGCGGACAUCGAGCAGGCCGUGCGGUGGUCGCACAUGGGCAUCAUGUCGAACCAGGGCCAGAUCUGCACGGCGACGUCGCGCAUCAUCGUGCAGGCGUCCAUCUACGACGAUUUCAUCAAGCGCUUCGUCGAGACGCUCAAGGCCGUCAGCAAGGUCGGCAGCCAGUGGGACAAGGACACCUACCAGGGCCCGCAGGUGAGCAAGGUGCAGUACGAGAAGGUGCUCGAGUACAUCGACAUCGGCAAGGCGGAGGGCGCGAACCUCGCGGCGGGCGGCACGCCGCUGAGCAUCGGGGGCAAGGGCAAGGGCUUCUUCGUGGCGCCGACGGUGUUUACGAACGUGACGACCAAGAUGCGUGUGUGGGGCGAGGAGAUCUUCGGCCCUGUGGUGGUGAUUGCGAGCUUCAAGGACGAGGAGGAUGCGGUGGGCCUGGCGAACAGCACGCAGUACGGCCUGGGCGCGGCGGUGUUCACGCAGAAUGUUGAGCGCGCGCACCGCGUGGCGUCGGAGAUUGAGGCCGGCAUGGUGUGGAUUAACAGCACGCAGGACAGCGAUCCCCGCGUGCCGUUUGGUGGUGUGAAGCAGAGCGGUAUCGGAAGGGAACUGGGCGAGGCGGGAUUGGAGGCGUACUCCCAGAUCAAGUCUGUUCACGUCAACAUGGGUACUAAGCUGUAA